GUGUCGUCAUAUCUCUGCGUCAAGCCAACAUGGCGGCGAUUCCAAUAAUACAAUAAUAAACGAAAUAACGCUCCGUUAAGGAGCCAGUCAGCAGUAAGGAUGAUGAGGCGUCUUCCCUUCUAUUGGAUGAGGCGGAGAAUGACCCAUCUGCUCGCUGCCCAAGACUGCUCUGGUCCUUGUCGGCCCUUUCAGUCCAGUCCUGAAUGGCACGGCCCGGCUCAGCCCAGCGCAGGUCCCCCUGUGGACCCCCUUCAGGACUCAUCUCUGGGUCUGGGAUCCAGGUUCAAACUAGCCCUCCAACAGUACGGAAAGGUUCUGAUUCCAGUUCACCUGAUUACAUCAGCUGCCUGGUUUGGCUCAUUUUACUGCGCUGCUAUGAAUGGGAUGGAUGUGGUUCCACUUCUGGAGAUGGUUCCAGGUUUUCCAGAGAGAAUUGUGGAUCUGCUGCAGAAUUCCCCUGGAGGCCACGCCCUCACUGCCUACACUUUGUAUAAGGUGGCCACACCCGCCAGGUAUACGAUAAGUCUCGGUGGGACCUCGCUGUCUGUCAGAUACCUCCGUCGCCAUGGCUACAUGACCCCACCCCCACCUGUCAGAGAAUACCUGCAGGACAAGAUGGAGGAGACGAAGGAAAAACUGAAAGGUCGAAAGGACAUGAAAGACAAAGGUGACAAAAGACAGUAACAAAGACCAAGAACCAGGAACAGAGACUGGAGGAU